AGCUCACUCACUGCCUCCUACUCCUCUUCCAAAGAAACCAAUGUCUCACCGCCGCCGGUAAAAUCUCCUCCCCCUCCUUAUGUAUAUCACUCUCCUCCUCCUCCGGUGAAGUCUCCUCCACCACCUUAUUACUACCACUCUCCACCACCACCCGUGAAAUCUCCUCCCCCUCCUUAUGUAUAUCACUCUCCUCCUCCUCCGGUUAAGUCUCCUCCACCACCGUAUUACUAUCACUCUCCACCACCGCCGGUGAAAUCUCCUCCACCACCAUAUUAUUACCAUUCUCCACCACCACCGGUUAAAUCUCCACCGCCACCAUACUACUAUCACUCGCCACCACCUCCGGUCAAAUCUCCACCGCCACCAUACUACUACCACUCUCCACCUCCUCCGGUCAAGUCUCCUCCGCCACCAUAUUACUACCAUUCUCCACCUCCUCCGGUCAAAUCUCCACCACCACCAUACUACUACCACUCUCCACCUCCUCCGGUCAAGUCUCCACCACCACCAUACUACUAUCACUCUCCACCGCCUCCGGUCAAAUCUCCACCACCACCAUACUAUUACCACUCUCCACCUCCUCCGGUCAAGUCUCCACCACCACCGUACUACUACCAUUCUCCUCCUCCUCCGGUGAAGUCUCCACCACCACCGUAUUACUACCACUCUCCUCCUCCUCCGGUUAAAUCUCCACCACCACCACCAUACUACUAUCACUCUCCACCACCACCGGUCAAAUCCCCACCACCACCAUAUUAUUACCACUCUCCUCCUCCUCCAGUUAAGUCACCACCUCCACCUUACUAUUACUCAUCCCCACCACCACCAAAGUCUUACCCUCCACCAUACUACUACUCAUCUCCUCCACCGCCACCAAAGUCGUACUCGCCACCGUACUACUACUCAUCACCACCACCUCCGGUGUCAUACCCCCAUCCUCACCCACACCCACAUCCACUUGUCUUCAAAGUUGUAGGUAAAGUGUAUUGUUACAGAUGUUAUGACUGGACUUACCCCAAAAAGUCCCACGAUAAGAAGCAUCUCAAAGGUGCUGUUGUGGAAGUGACUUGUAAGGCCGGUGAUAAGACAGUAAAGGCAUACGGAAAGACUAAAAUCAACGGUAAAUAUGCAAUCACCGUUAAGGGAUACAACUACCUUUAAUACGGUGGCGAAGUCUGCACGGCCAAGCUUCACGCGCCGCCUAAAGGCUCACCGUGUAACAUUCCUACAAGUUACCAUAUGGGUAACAAAGGUGCAAAACUUCAUGUGAAAUCAAAGACAAAGUACGAGGUUGUGCUCUAUGCCAAGUCCUUCGCUUAUGCACCUAAGAAACCUUACGGAGAAUGCCGCAAACCAGCUCCUUACCAUCCUCCUUACUACUACAAAUCUCCACCACCACCAUCUCCGGUUUACUACUACAAGUCACCACCACCACCGACUCCUACCUAUGUCUACAAAUUUCCACCACCACCAACUCCGACUUACGUCUACAAGUCACCGCCUCCUCCUCCAACCCCAACAUAUGUUUACAAGUCUCCUCCACCACCAACCCCAACUUACGUCUACAAAUCACCACCACCACCGACCCCAACUUACGUCUACAAGUCGCCUCCUCCACCUACCCCAACUUACGUCUACAAAUCACCACCACCACCAACUCCAACUUACGUCUACAAGUCGCCUCCUCCACCUACCCCAACUUAUAUUUACAAAUCACCACCACCACCGACUCCGACAUAUGUUUACAAGUCUCCACCGCCGCCAACUCCGACAUAUGUUUAGAAGUCUCCACCGCCACCAACUCCAACUUAUGUUUACAAGUCGCCACCUCCACCAACCCCUACAUAUAUCUAUAAGUCACCACCUCCACCUACUCCGACCUACGUCUACAAGUCACCACCACCUCCAACUCACACUCCUACACCGUAUUACUACCAUU